GUCGCUUAUUUUAGCGGACAAGGACAACUACGGUGUCACUGCAUAUGCGGAAAUAGAAAAUGGCGAGGUUUUUGAGGCCUAAUGUCCGGAGUUUUAUCAUUACUCAGCUGAGAAUGUCCUCCGACCAGCUGGGCGAGCUGGGUAAAGGUGCAGGGAAAGGUGGUGGAGGCGGAGGUUCGAUCAGAGAGGCAGGUGGAGCCAUGGGGAAGAGGGAGGCUGCCAUGGAGGAGAUGUAUUUCAAGCGUAAGGAGCAGGAGCAGCUGGCUGCACUGAAGCAGCACCACAUAGAUGAAAUUGAUCACCACAAAAAGGAGAUUGAACGACUCCAGCGUGAGAUUGACCGUCACAAGGGAAAGAUCAGAAAGCUGAAGUAUGACGACUGAGAAAAACGCUUCAAGAAUAAUUGUUUUCUGCUCAGCUGCCCUGGAAGAUUGUAGUUGAACCUUCUGUUGCUGUGUGCACAGUUACCAAGCAGCCCAUGAAAGUGUUAGGGCUUUUGAUUUUCUGUAAACGCUUGGAAGUUAUUAAAACUGUUGAAUACUUA